AACAAAGGGUGUGGUUAAUUCAAUUCCGCGGGAAAGUUAUUUGUGCUUCCUGUGACAAAGCGGCUGAUGUUUACAGAUUGCGACCGAAGAUUCUUGCGUUCAUAAAAAUGUCUCAAGCUCGUGUAACAGAUUUCUUUUCCCAGAGGAAGAAAAGGACCGCCGAUUCUGUUAUAUCUUCAAAACCCAGAACGACCAAACCAAGAGCUGUCGCUUCUCCAAACGAAGACCUUGUCCCGACUUCAUCCACAAGCGAAGUCCGAGAUGAGUUUAUGCGAACUAUCGAUGCGGCAGCUAGGCUUUCCGAAGGAGAGUCGUUCACUUUUAAGACGCAAAAAGAUCAUCAAGAUAGUCUCCAGACACCAAAACAGACUUCGCAGAUUACAGAACUCGGGACGAAAAAAAAAUUGGAUCCCAAAGAACAGCUAACAGUAAAGAAGAGACGACAAUUAGAAGAUUAUUCUGACGACAAAAUUAAGAUUCAAGAAAAAUCGACAAGAACAAUGGGAAGGAAAUGUGUACUCUCGCGUCGAAUACAAAAGACUGAGCCACUGCCUAAUGGAGUUCCUAGGCAGUGUUCAACUUCAGAAGCCUCACCUCCAAGUCAAACAAGCAUCACCAUCAACAGGAAGAAAAAUGGAGGACAGGCUGAACAGGCUCAUUUUGGAGAAUAUGUGUCCCGCCACAGUUCUUUACUUCAGAGGAUCAAAAAACAAGCCAUUGAGUUGGAGACUGCUGCAUCAUCUGCAUCCGUAGCAACACCAUCGGUUUCAUCCUCCAUUGCUAUGUCAGCUGUGACUCGAGCAAAAGAACUUGCAGCUAAAAUUAAGGAGAGAGACAGAGAAGAUGAAAAAAUACAGGAAGAGACACAAGCUCACGACAGUAUUCAACAGCCAGCAUACCAUCAAUAUCACAAUCUAGCUCAGGACACUCCACCAGGCCUCUCCCUGCCUCUGAAGUUCAAAGUACUCGCUGAGAUGUUUAGAAGUAUGGACACCGUGGUUGCCAUGCUGUUCAAUCGUUCGGAAACGGCUACCUUCUCCAAGAUCAAAAAGGGAGUUCAGGAUAUGAUGCACAAACGGUUCGAAGAACACCACAUAGGCCAAAUGAAGACUGUUUUUCCUGAGGCCUACAACUUCAGACAGGAAAAGAAUAUCCCGACAUACAACAACUGUAUUAUGCAGGGAAGCUACCAGCUAACUGUGGAACCUGCCAUGUUUUGUGGACAAAAGGAAGGUCAACGCAUCUUGACAGCCUCUGAUCUUCUGAAGAGACGACACACCUUCCAUCGCAAUCUCAUUUCCAUUGUUAAACACCACCAUAAGCUUUUCCUCUCCUCGUUAGUACCACCAGUAUGUGUGCCUGAAGACAAACUGACCCGAUGGCACCCCAACUUCAAUGUGGACACUCUACCAGCUGUGCAAGCAAGUUUACUCCCUCAGCCUCCUCGCAUUGAAAAACUUGCAACUGCUCAGGAGGUGUUAGACAAGGCCCACUCAGUCAUCACGCCAAAGAUGGAGAAAGCACUGGUUUCUCUAGUGCACAAGACAGGAGCAGGUAAAAAAGAACAAUGCGAAGAGAAGCCUCUGCAAAAUGUAAACUGCACGCACGCAUCUACUUCACCUCAUAUUCCAAAUGCCCUGAAUGGAGUGUCACAGUCCUUGUUGGACAGAAUUCGAGCAAAGGAAGCCCAAAAGCUCCAGGCGGCUAUGACUCGAAGCCCUUCCCAAGAUGAGCGUCUCCUGAUGAUGUCCAGGCUCGGGGAGCUAGCUAGGAUUCUUAGAAACGUUUUCAUAUCUGAAAAAAAAACUGCUUUAACUAUUGAAGUAAUUUGUAACCGGAUGAUCACCAGCUACAGAUCUGCCCUCACAACAGGUGAAAUGGAGAAACACAUCCAAUUGCUGGCAGAGCUAAACCCAACCUGGCUUUCCUUACAUCCAAUCAGGAAGGACUUGUACCUAAAAUUGAACAAGCAUGUGGACCUCAGUGUCAUUCUCGACAAAUUAAAUUGCAGCCUUAGAGAGGAGGAGAGACGAAGUGAAACACUGAAAUCAGGACAUGAAACAUCUUAACUGUUAAGAUUUGUUUGGAAACACUUUAGUCUACAACACCUCAGGGUAUCUUAUAACAUCUUUGACAAGUGAUGUCAAGGCAUGUGUGAAACGGAGCAUGUUUCUUCCAAAAUCUCGUGAGGUGCAUUUCUCUCUCUUUUUUUUUUUUUUUUUUUUUUUCACAAGUCUUGAAAUUCUUGAUUCUUACUAAUGAGCAAAACAAACCAAGAAGUUGUCUCAUUUUGCAGCUAUAACAGCUUUCAAAAUAGUUUUGGGAGACUUUUUUUUUUUUUUUUCCAAGUCCUAGUCAGUGGGGAUUUUUUUUUUUUUUAUCUUUUCAGAAGCACAUUUAAGAGAUAAUGGACAGAAAGUCUUUGUUUACGGUGUCGUCGUAGUUCAACAUGUUCUAUAUGGAUUUGGUGUUUGAGAGUGUCCAAAUUUCUCCACACCAAACUUGUCCAAUCUUAAGACCUUGCUUUGUUUAAGGUUCAAUCAUGCUGCCAUAAAACAUUCUGCUCCUGUGCUCCUUUUUGAUCAUUUAUAAAACAUGCCAUUAUUAAAAUGUGACAAAUGUAUUGCUUCAUCAUAUUGCAUGUAGAGGCUGCCAUAACAAAAAGCUUGUCUUUUUUUGUUCAAACUUGCUUUGGUUAAGUGUUUCAUAAUCGCACUACAGUGGAAUCCUGCUAGUUAAGAAUGGGAGAACAUCGGAUUCCUGUAAUUGGCAAUCUCCUAAGUGUGUACUAUUUGCAACAUUUUUAAUUAAAUACCAUAAACUAUGUCUUAUAAUUGCACGCUGCAUGGUAAACUUGUUUGUAAAGGCUUUCUGCAUACCCUUUAAUUACCUGAAACAGAGAAGCAACUAGAUUUGGGACAAAAUAUCAUUUGGCGAUGCAUAGACUAGAUGCAUUGCCACAUAAUUUGAGUA